CUUCUGACGUGGACAAUAUGCCGAUGAAACGCAACAGCAGCAACAGUGACGCUUCAGUCAGGAAUGGACUUCUGCUCAUUCAGUCUUUGACCAGGACUUUGUGUGAAUCAGCUGAGGACAAACACACAGAUUUAAAUGGACAGACACAGUUCUCUCGAGAGGAUGACUCUGGGAUUAAAUCAGCUGAAGACAGUAACGAGACGGUGUCCUCUGAAGAAGACCAGGACCUGUUGGACUCAAACACAGAGUUGACAGUCAGUAAACCCAGCGUCUCCUCCUCCUCCUCCUCCAGGAGGAGCAUCGGUCAGAUCAUCAAAGAUAAGAAGAAGCAGACACAGCUCACUCUGCAGUGGCUGGAGGACAACUACAUCGUGUGUGAAGGUGUGUGUCUGCCUCGCUGCAUCCUCUACGCCCACUACCUGGACUUCUGCAGGAAGGAGAAACUGGAACCAGCCUGUGCUGCAACAUUUGGAAAGACCAUUCGCCAGAAGUUUCCUCUUCUGACAACCAGAAGACUGGGCACCAGGGGGCACUCUAAAUACCAUUACUAUGGGAUUGGCAUCAAGGAGAGCAGUGCUUAUUAUCACUCUGUGUAUUCUGGUAAAGGUCUGACCAGAUUCUCUGGGAGCAAACUUAAAAAUGAGGGGGGUUUCACCAGAAAAUAUUCCCUGAGCUCGAAAACAGGAACUUUACUCCCAGAGUUUCCAAACGCUCAGCAUCUGCUGCUGCAGGGAAACGUCUCCAGAGAGAAGGUGGAAACUCUCAUCAUGAUGUACAAGACUCACUGUCAGUGCAUCCUGGACAACGCCAUCAACAUCAACUUUGAGGAGGUCCGUCACUCAGCCUCACAUCAGGGUCGACUCUGGGGCUCGGUCAAAACACUGUUCACACAAAGCUUUACUUUCCAGAUCCAGAACUUCCUGCUCCACUUCUGGCAGGGAAUGCCUGACCACCUGCUGCCCCUGCUGGAGAAUCCUGUGAUCGUGGACAUUUUCUGUGUCUGUGACUCCAUUCUCUAUAAGGUUUUAACUGAUGUCCUGAUUCCUGCUACGAUGCAGGAGAUGCCAGAAAGUCUGCUGGCUGAUAUCCGUAACUUUGCCAAACACUGGGAACACUGGCUGGUCUCCUCUCUGGAGAACCUUCCUGAAGGUCUGGCAGCAAAGAAACUUCCCAUCGCUCGACGCUUUGUCUCCUCUCUGAAGAGACAGACCUCGUUCCUGCACCUGGCCCAGAUCGCUCGCCCCGCUCUGUUCGACCAGGCCGUGGUCACCAGUAUGGUGAUGGACAUUGACAACGUGGAUCUGAGCGGCAUCAGCUCUCAGCCUCUGCUCAGCAUCAACAGCAGCGCAGACCAGGACCCCGACCCCGACCUUUACUCCGAGUACGACUCCAUCUCCGUCUUCCAGGAGCUGAAGGAGCUGCUGAGGAAAAACGCCACAGUGGAGUCUUUCAUUGAGUGGCUGGAUUCUGUUGUUGAGCAUAAAGUCAUCAAGCCUGGGAAGCACCACCACAGAACGGUGAAGAAGCGAGCUCAGGACUUCCUGCUCAGGUGGAGUUUCUUUGGAGCCAGAGUGAUGCACAGCCUCACACUCAACAACGCCUCCAGCUUUGGUUCCUUCCACCUGAUCCGGAUGCUCCUGGAUGAGUACAUCCUUCUGGCUCUGGAAACGCAGUUCAACAACGACAGGGAGCAGGAGCUGCAGGGUCUGCUGGACCGAUACAUGAAGAACGCAGAUGCCAGUAAAGCAGCGUUCAUGGCCUCGCCUAGUUCUUGCUUCCUCGCCAACCGCAACAAGAGCAGCGCUGCCAUCGACCAAUCAGUGAAGAACGAGUCUCCAGGAGAACACACCUACGUCUCUCUGUCCAUCAACCAGCAGCAGAGUCUGGAGACCAGAACCACCGUCUACCAGGGGACGGAUGUGGCCGCCUUCCCUGCAUCAGGUGCUCAGAUGGACUUCUCUCAGAUCAGUGGCCCCCUCAUGACACCCCCCAUCUCUCCAGCAGCCCUGGUUCACCGUGGCUCCGUCAUUAACCAAGGACCAAUGGCUGGAACCAGGCUUCUGACCUCCUCUUCCUCCUCCUCCUCCUCUUCCUCUGCACCUUGUCUGUCGUCUCUCAGUGCAAUGACCCAGCCCAGCCCCUGCUCCUCUUACCCAGAGACCCUGUACCACUGCUUGGCUCAGAGCAGCCCCAGUUACUUCACCACCUCCAGCUGCUCCUCCACCUCCAACUACCAGACUCCACUCAGGUCUCAGAGCCAGAACCUGUGUCUGGCCUCUGUUCAGUCUCCGACCUCCUCCCUGACCUACAACCUCCCAGCCUUCACCGACCAGCAGCUCAACAAAGACUUGUUCUACAAUCAUCACCCUCCAUCUCUUCAUCCUUCAUCCACCACCAGCGCCACCUGCUCCCUAACCACACCUUACGGCUCCACACUGCGACCCACGUCAGGCUACGCCCCGGGGUCAGACCCGGCUCAGGCCGACCAGGGACUGGACGUUCAAACUGCAGCUCAGAUCCUAGACUCCGCCGAUGGGUUUUGCUUUGCCGGGGCCGGACUGAACCACUCCGGUGGUGGUGGAUGUCAAGGACAGACGUAUUCUACCCCAGGACAAGGUUACUAUGGCAACAGCAGCUACAUGGACAGCCAGCGGAUGACAUCACUGGUGGACCAGCACGUGUCAGUGAUCAGCAGUGUCAGCAGCCUGCGACCUUUCACCUCCACGUAUUCCGAUAUCCACGACCCGCUCAACAUCCUGGACGAACCGGGACGGAAAACGAUGGGAGGCUAUUUCACAGAGACAGACACAGGCGCAGAUCAUUCACUGACAUCAUCUGGAUCCGCCCACUGCAUGUUUGGAGUGCCUUCUUCUUUCACGUCACAGGAGGUGCUGUUGUCACAGCAGCGUCUGACAUCAUCAACCUCGUCAUCGUCCGCAGACGUGCAGGACUUGGUUUCCUCGCUGCCUCCCAUUAACACAGUAUUCAUGGGUACUGGAGGAGUACAGUGACCCGGGGAACUCAACAUACUGUUAUGGUACUGGAACAACACAACAUGUUUGUCAUGGUACCGUUAGCUAGUUCAGGUAAGGAAAAGACUGUGGGCUUCUUCAGGUCUGUGUUACCUGGAAAGACACACGGCAGCGAAGAAAACAUAGUUAUUUCCUCUGAUGUUGUUGAACCUCGCAGUCUGAUCCGACCGUCACUCUGACACAUAUAUUUAAUGAUAUAUUCACCAAUGUGUUUUUCACUUUUUCAGUCAUGACAAAAAUAAUAUACUGUAUAUUUUGAAGCACAAACAGCAGGUAAAUACAUAUACAUAAAUAUAUAUAUAUUUGAUGCUGAAUGUUUUUACGUUAAGCACCGUUACAGAAUGUGAUCCAUGUCAGAGGACAAUCGUACCUGGAGACGGUUCAGUGGACAGACUGAGGGGACUAAGAUACCUCUGGAGGACGGACUGAUAUUUGUAAAAAAAAAACAAAAAAACAACUGAAGUUGUUCAACUGUUGUUCAACUAAUGGACAGUUCAGAUCAUAAUCAUUUUGACAUAGUAAUUUUUUUUAUAAGUUUAUAAAAAUGUAAAUUCCCCCUUUAACACGGACAAAUUGGCCAGAGUCUAAAAUAUUCCUGUUUGAUCUUCAUUAAAACCCACUGUAAACAGAGGCCGACUGUUUUCUCAUGAAUGGUAGCUGUGACGUACCUCCUCCUCCUCCUCCUCCUCCUCCUCCUCCUCCU